GUGAGAUUCCUGCUACUAUUUCAGGCGGUUAUAAAAUAUCCACGAUUAUCUCCAGCUGUGGGCUCCACUGGCUGAUCUACGAGUACCUACCCAUGGUUUACUACCGAACUAACAACGGACUCUCCCACUCCUGCUGCUAAAGAACUUAUAAAGCUAUCAUACUCUGUGAAGUCACUCGGCCUGAGCUGACAGUCCGCGCCCGGCUGCCCCCGGCUGCCCCCGGUUCUCCGCCAGCCCCAGACAAGGCGCCGUGCUCAGCUCUGCUCUCUGCAUCUCGAGGACCCCUGAGAGGACGACCCUGCCUGCCUGCCGACAUGCCCCGUUCAGCACAUCUAUCUGUGUGGGGCCUGCCCACUAUAAAGGAGGGGCACGAGGAUCACGCACUGGACACGAACCAGCAGGACCCUCUCAGCAGCCUAAGCCCCGCCCCCUCGGAGGCCGACUCCCCCGACGACUACCUGUGGUCCAUCGGUCAGCUGCCCCGCCCUGUCUUCUACACACCUAACACCAGGGAUUUAGGGAAACAAGGGCAGGGCACUGUCGACCCCCCCAGACACCGAUCCAGCCACAGUGAAGGCCACCUCACAGUCACCACGGAGAUGGAUGGUAGGGAAUACCUGAAUGAAGGGUGCAUUGGCAAACGUGGCUCCCCACCCCCUCCACCCCCCCUGAGCGAUCCCUGCCUCAGAAACAGCUGUCUGGCUCUCCGUCCUGGAAGGCCUGCCAUUGCCGAAGCCCUCCCACUUCCAUUAAAGGAGCUGAAGUCCCUGAAAAGUAGGCAGCUCCCCUGGGGGGCCCUGAAUGAUACAGGAAGCCCCACGGCCGUUCAGAAGGACAGAGGCAUCGCCCGUGUGGACGACAACUUAAUCAUCUCCCACUGGAUCGCCGACUGCCGCAGUGCUUGGAAGGAAGCGAGGCUCCAGGCCGGGAUGCUGCCUGCCAUUGCAGAAAUAUGAGGAAAAGAAGGCAGACAUGCCACUUCCUCUCAGUAUUCACCCACAAAUGCAUUUAUUUAGUGAGAACUUUUAUCCACAGCAACCUACAACUGGGAGAGGAGGAUCAGUCAGUCCUGCGAGGGAUUGCGGGUUAAAGGGCCAAUUCACCCCAAAACUGCAAAAAAGAUGUGUUUUCAAGGGGCUUUAAUGCUGUCCAUCAAUCUAGGUGGUUCUACUUUGAACUCCACACACCAAUCGCAUCCCUGCAUAGAAGAUAUGAGCAUGAGCUGUGAUAUAAUUGGCGUGUGGAAUUUGCAGGAGAACAACCUUAAUGGAUAGGCAGCAUUAAAGUCCUUCUAAAACAUGUAUUUUUCAGUUUUGGGGUGAACUGUCCUUUUAAGGGCCUCGGUGAAGGGCCCAAGAGUGACAUCAUUCUGUAGACUGCAGUGUUUGAAGCGGCAUCCACUGGAUCACAGGCACAGCAGCCUAACCUGCUGAGUCACGCACUGCAGACAAAUACACACUCAGACAGCUUUUAUGUUUUCUGCUAAGUAGCAUAUAUUCAUUUAGUCAGGCAUCAUUUGGGGUCGCGUCCCACAUACCUGUACCGGUGAACCCCAUGCCUUCUGUGACUAACCCUAAAUCACUGGGGCCCUGACUGAAUUGACUAUUAAAGAUGGAUUAAAGAUAUUUAAUUACACUGAACUGUUAAUUUCACAGUGGCUAAUUAAGAGGCAGCCAGCAGCGACAGGAAGUGAGGAGAUGUCAUCACACUUGCUGUGCGCGAGACGAUUAAUGAACUUCUCCAUCAGGAGCUCGUAGACAAAGGCUACUGACAUCAGUACUGACAUACUCACAUCACUUGCAGUUUUAAUGAACCUGGUCGCCAUAUCUGCCGGAGAAUGACGGGAGUGGCAAAAAAUACAUACAAAGGUAAAACAGAAAGUUACUCUUACUGACAGGGACCCGAUGACUAAGAGGUCUGCAGUACUGUUUCGUUCCACAUGGGGGCGAUCAGAGGGCGGCUGGAGCUCCAGUGAGACAACAUGUGAAUUGCAUGGAAAAAUAUCUGGACAGCAAUUUAUUUACAGUAAAACGGGAGACUGUUCCCCGUGUGACAGCGGUUCUGUUACAUUCUCGGAUUGAUAGUUGGUUGGAAGUUGAAAUUAUCGUUAUGUUGUAUGAUGAAGACUUAUUACCACGCAUUUCACGCAGAUAACAUUUAAAAUCAAACAGGGUGACAAAUGGUAAAGAACCUUUUGCAUGCUGAUAAGUACUAAACAUUUGUUAUAUAAACUAACGUGUUAACUUUAAAAGAAGUCAGCUGUCGCAGUGACUCGCCCUUUAUAUUUCCUUUGGAACCUCCGUCCUUUGCUGGUCAGCGCAUUUUAAAUAAAUAAACUGAGUUUUUAA